AAGUUUUUUUUCUUCUUUAUGAUUAACGCUUUUGAUCGCUUAUUUUAAUCUUUUUUAUUUUAUUUUCUCACCACCUUAUUUAAUUCCUCUUGUUUGCGUUAAACACGUUCGUUUUGUUACAUUUUUUUCUUGGGCGUUGUCUUUGUUUUUUUGUGUUUAUGUAUCUAAAGAAAAAGGACAAAUUGUCCACAAUAUUGUGUGGCCUCCUGUACAAGAAGAAGAAUCCGGCUUACCAACUGCUUCUCCUCUAUAUUUCCCUCCACCUUCCCAAGUUAAAUUACCUGAACCCAAAGACUUCGAUAAAGACUAUUCCGAACUAGAAGAGGUAAACAACUAUAUGCUAACUAUGGAUCCGAAGAUGUCAAUAUGUUCUUCCGAAAUUUCUCAUUUGACUGGAAGAAAAAGCGCAGUGGAAUGCGUUGAAACAAUUGCUGAACAUUUGGAAACGCAGAUGCUGGUCGAAAGUAUUAUGAAAACCAGACCGAAAACACCGCCGCCGCUCGACGUAAAUGUGAUUCCGACGAGGAAAGAAAUAGAGGCUCAAGAACAGGCCAAAAUUGAACAGGCGAAAUCUCAACAACAGUCUGGUAUACUCGUUGCCUCGAUUUGUCCAUGCAACAAAUCUUGCUGUAACGAGAAAUGCGAGACAUGUCCCAUGAAAGAACCGGCUGACCUAAAAUUGCCACACGAUUACGAAAAGAAAUGUGAAGGUAAAUCAAAAAUUCAGAAUGCGAUACCACAGAAAUGGGAAUCUACCAUGGUCUCAGCACUUCGGACAACUCCCGAUAGACCGUACUGCAUAACCCCGGAUAAUUUAUCGCAGAUACCUCAGAAACAUUCAACAACUGCUCUGGCAUCGGCACUCUCCAUUGCUCCAAGUGAACCAUUUAAUCCAGUUGGCCUACUGUACUCCAAAGAUCCGGUGCCACUACCCGAAGAAACUGUUCCAUAUUUACCUCCCGAGAGACCUAUUAUACCGGCAGAACCUAAAGUCAAAGAAACACGGCCAGAAGUAGCUGCAUCACCGUUUGUUGAGGCUCUUAAAACUGCCCCGGAUAGACCGUUCACUCCAGUCGGUGGAGCUCCCACAAGGAAGAAGAAACCUGCGCCUGAUCCAUUGUUAAAAGAUUUACCGAAGUCACAAGAGAAAUUAUCAAUGCUUUCUGCAUUAACUACCGCUUCGGAAAGGACAUAUUCACCUUUCAUUACUGAAUUCCAGACAAUGCAAAUAAAGGAAAAAGAGGAACAAGUAAAAAAAGAACAAGCUUGGGAAUGUAGAAAGGCGUGCAUAAAGCAACCGCAAGCUCCAAAACCUUUCAUCUCAACCAUGGUAAAUACGUUUGAAGGAGAUGACAACCGUUCUGUGCAAGGUCAUUUCCCGCCAGUUUCUGUUGAGCUCCAACAAAGUUGUGAAGAAAGCUACGAACAAAGACAAAGUUACGCUCAUAUAGAGGAAAGAAUGGAACACCGUGAAAUGAAGCAAGAAAUGGAAGUACAAUCGAAAAGCAAGCAAUUUGCUGAAGUGAAAAAAGAGGAAAUAGCUAGACAAUCUGAGGAAGUGAUAAUGAAGAAACCAUUGAAUGUGGCGUCUCAACUUCACAAGUCGGAAUACCUGCCCCAGUAUCAAACAUCAUUGGAAUACGCGGAAGAAAUUCAAUUGCCGCAUCACAAAAAUAUUAAUAAAUUGCUGAAUCCAAACAAACCAAAAGAUCCAAUAAUUAAGCCUGUUACAACAAUAAUGCCUGGUCAACAGAAUCCUAAUAUAAGUCAGUCGUGCUUCCAACCUGUGCAUGAAGAUUUUACUCCUCCGAACAGUGCGUUUUCGCAGAGAGUUGCUCAACCAGCAACACCGAGCAUGAUUAAUAAACCUCCUUCUGCUAUACCAUAUUAUCAACAGAAUUUAGUAGCUACAGAGUUUUUGGCUCCGGAGGUGUGUCUAUACGAUCCCAAGAGUCCAGCAGUUUCACGCUCUCCAAGUCCUUGUCCUGGUGGUCAACGUAGCGUUUCGCCGUUCCGUAAGUCUUCACCGAGACCAAAAUCUCCAGCACCAGGGCCUCCACCGAAUCCACUUCACGUAUUGAAUACCUCAACUGCUACCGAUUCCUUCAGAGAUAUUAAAAAAGAGCAAGCAAAGGAGAGCGUCACUAGCUACAUUCCGCAGCACCGCGAGAAAUUGCAACAAAUCCAGCAGCACGAAAGUGCUGGUCAAAGUGUUUCAGUCGCACCAACCGGAACUUGUAGCAACAAGAUGCAGCAACAGUAUCAAGCUGAUCAUAGUCAAAUGAGUCAAUUGCAAAGCUACGAGGCAGCUCAAAGGGCAUUAGCCGCAAAAUCGGAAAUGUCGAAGCAAAUGGUGCAAGCUAACUAUCAGCAGAAAGACUACAGAGCACAAGAAUAUUUAGCUGCGAGCGCGGAAAAGCACAGCUUGAGCCAGCAGGGAAACCAGACUGUUGCGAUUUCUGAAAAAUCAAAGGCCGAACAAUUGCAACAGCUGAACAAAUCGGAAGUGCAGAGCGUUCAAACGUCUGCCGAUAAUCGCGUGCAAAUACAGAGGAAGAAGACCGUCACAGAGGAAUUUGAACAUACACACAAAGAAAAGGUUAUUGAAAUUGAGAAGAGCUCCACCGGCGUAAAAACUCAUCCGUUCCAAAAAGUGAACGCACCAGUAGUUGAUGAUCAGCCAGGUAUUAUUGGCCUGCAUGUAACGAAUCCGCACCCACUGGUAUCGCCGUUCCACAAGACUCAAAAUAUUCAAGCUCCUAAACCACCUUCAUAUCAAGUAUCUAAAUCUAAUGUCGCACCCGCUUCAGUUCCACCUCCGGCUCCCGUUCAGAAGGUCCCACCACCAAUGCCUUCAAAGAUCAAUGUUCCUAUCGUGCCACCACUAUCAGGUGCCGGCCCUUCUUCAGCUAAUAAGUUGAAUGUUAAUCCCAAUGUUCCCGCACCCUCUGUAGGUUCAGGUAGUGGUCGUCAAACUGGAAGCGUGUUUGCGCCAAAAAGGGGACGCGGCGUUCUCAACGUUGGUGGAAUGGUCGGCGCGAGGCUUGCCCUCUGUGGUCACUGCCAUCAGCAAAUUAGAGGGCCGUUCAUAACUGCUUUGGGCAAAAUCUGGUGCCCCGAUCAUUUUACUUGUGCCACCCCAUCUUGCAAGAGGCCACUCCAGGAUAUCGGUUUCGUUGAAGAAAAGGGACAACUUCACUGCGAGUAUUGUUUUGAGCAAUAUUUGGCGCCCAACUGCUCCAAAUGUGGAAUCAAAAUCAAGGGAGAUUGUUUGAAAGCUAUUGGUAGAAACUUCCAUCCAGAAUGCUUCAACUGCACUCAUUGCGGUAAACUGUUCGCCAACUCGCCAUUCUUCUUGGAAGAUGGUUUGCCAUACUGCGAAGCCGAUUGGAAUGAAAUGUUCACUACUAAGUGUUUCGCUUGUGGAUUCCCAGUCGAAGCUGGUGAUCGUUGGGUAGAGGCUUUGAACAAUAACUACCAUAGCCAAUGUUUCAACUGCACUAUGUGCAAGAAGAAUUUGGAAGGACAGAGCUUCUUCGCGAAAGGAGGACGUCCAUUCUGCAAGAAUCAUGCUCGCUAAUUUAAAAAGAAAACGACGUGCGCAAAUCCGUUGGGCACAAUAUAAACAAAA